AUGCGCAUUAGUGUCGCAGACUGUAUACUGAAGUUUCAGUGUCGUAGACUGCUUACUGAAGUCACUCAAAUUGUGUACAGCGUACUGAAGUUCCUCAGUAUCGCAGACUACACACUGAAGUCCCUGGGUGUCGUAGAUAACCUGCUGAAGUUCCUUAAUAAGCAGAUGCAGUUUCUACUCCACAGGUCCUCAGCGAUGGGCCCUCUAGGACAUCAGCCUCAGCAGCUCCAUGUGACCCUCAACGCCCCUCCCGCUCCACUCCCGCCCUUCCCGCCCUAUCCUCCUCCACCUUAUUCCUCCCCUACCCCCCCACCUCUUCUUCCUCCUCCUCCUGCAAGUUCGGUGACCAACCACGCCCCGCCCACCGAGCACCGCCCACCCACGACGGACUUCGUGCUGCCGCAGGUGCCAGUCAUACUCGAACCGCCGGCGGAGGAAGAACCUGACGAUCCUCCUCUCGCCCAGAAGGCGCCCAGGCCGCCGGCUUCAGCUCCCCUCGGCAGAAGGAACUUGGAGGAGGCUGAAGGCAUCGAGGGCAACGUACCAAGCCCUGCUGUCUACAAUCCGCCGCGUUCAGCCAGACGAUCGACUUACAUCAAAUGUCAUAGAAUUGCAGCCUAUAGAACUUCUGGUAAUGAUUACAGGUUGAUAAAAUUCAGACAAACAAACAACCAAAAUGGGCACCCAACUCGUGCCCCGCACCCUGACACCAACGCCAGCCUCUGCGCUUGGUUCAUCAUGUGCCCCUCCAAACACAUGAGGGAACUAAAGCACGGUGGCUUCACUACGCCCAGUGACCACCAGGAAUCCAAGGGCUACUCCUUUAUUUAG